AUGCCUGCUUCCGUAGACCUUUCAGAGGAAGCGCCCCGGUCGCCUGGCCACCACAUCGAGCUGGUUGACGACAACCCCUCUCCGCGACACGACGGCGAAACUAGUCCCGGGCUUAAGAAUAGCAAGGGCUGGGACGGCAAGCUGCGUGUCACUAAAACUGCCACCCUCGCGAACCCCGAAGCUCUCUCAGACCCCGAGUACUCUGAUGAUGACAAUGUGGUAAUAGGAGAGGAGGUCCCCGCUGACGAGGACCUCCUCGACGACGAAGACCCCGAAACCGAUGAGAUCAUUUGCACCCACUCCCGUAUUCAGUCUAUCUCCGCCCUCCGCCUCGCGCGCUUCCAAAAAGUCGUCCGCAUCUGCCUCCGCCAAAACCUCAUCCAAGAUAUCGAAGGCCUCUCCGGCAUAGCCUCCACCCUCCAGGAACUCGACCUCUACGACAACCUCAUCUCCCACAUCGGCCGUGGCCUCGAGGACCUCACCAAUCUGACGUCUCUUGACCUCUCCUUCAACAAGAUCAAGCACAUCAAGCACAUCUCCCACCUAACAAACCUCACCGACAUCUUCUUCGUCUCCAACAAAAUCUCCAAAAUCGACGGCCUCGAAAACCUGACCAAGCUCCGCAACCUCGAACUCGGCUCCAACCGCAUCCGCGAAAUCACAAACAUCUCGCACCUCACCGCGCUGGAAGAGCUCUGGGUAGCCAAAAACAAAAUCACCACCCUCAACGGCCUCUCGGGCCUUUCCUCGCUGCGCCUCCUAUCCAUCCAAUCCAACCGCAUCAGGGACUUGUCCCCCCUGAAGGAAGUCCCCCAGCUGGAGGAACUCUACAUCUCGCACAAUGCGCUCGAGUCCCUCGCCGGGAUCGAGAACAACACGGCUUUGCGCAUCCUCGAAAUCUCCAACAACCAAAUCAAGUCGUUGAAAGGGCUGGGACCGCUAAAGGACCUGGAGGAGCUCUGGGCGAGCUACAACCAGAUCGGGGACAUCAACGAGGUGGAAAAGGAGCUUGGGGACAAGAAGGAGCUGACGACGGUGUACUUUGAGGGGAACCCGCUGCAGCUGAGGGGGCCGGCGGUCUAUAGGAACAAGGUCCGGCUCGCGCUGCCGCAGGUGAGGCAGAUUGAUGCUAGUAAGUUUUGUUUUGUUAUACCCUCUUGCCUGGGUGUAGAGCUAACAAGGUGUGUAGCGUUUGUACGAACAACGUAA